AUGCUCCAUUUUAUUUGUCUUAUUCUUUUGGCUUCUGGAUUUAUUGUGGCACAGGAAAAACAUUUGCUUUGUAGGACAACUGAUAUGGAACUAUUCUAUAAUUCCUGUGGUUCUAGCACUGAAACAUUCUUCUUUGAAGUGGAGCCAUGUUAUCUUAAUGGCUUUUCAAAAUGGAAUGGAACUAUAUUCUGGAUUCCAAAGAGAGAUUUAACCUUUCUUAGAGUAAUACUUACCCUACGGCAUAAAACUAAGAAAGUCAUAGAAUGGAGACAUGUUGCUUGCACUGGUGAAGAUGAUGAAUACACAUAUUGUGGAGCUCUGAAGGGAGAGACUAUCAACACAACUGUGAGAAUGAGUGGUGAUAAAGUAAACAUCCCAAUGGGAAAAUACACAGCAACCCUGAAAGGAUACUCUGGCCAUUCUGAAGCAGAUUUGUUUGUAUGUGUGAAUUUUACAUUAAUUCUUAAAAAGGAGCCUGCCUACAACUUUAGAUGA